UAUCAUUGGCAUAAAUCGCAAACAACUCGAAAAGGCAUGCAGUAUUUGAUAGUUCAGCAUGCGGUUUCUGAUAGUUCAAUUCAGGAAACUGGAGACAGGCGAGUGCUAGUUGACGUUUGGGGCAUGCCAUCACGUCAGAAUCCGGUCGCUGAUGUGCUCGUCGCUCCAGAGUUUAUGGAGACAUUUCUGAAAAUGCUUGAGCGACGAGGUGUGACGGAAGUGGAGACUCUGAAGAAAGACAUCGGCAGAGAUAUUCGUCGUGAACGCCGCGAUCUGGAAAGGAGUAGUAGACGAGCAAAAAGAAGCUCAGACUACUUGGACUUCGAUGUAGAAAACUAUCACUCGUACAGGGAGAUGGUGAGCUUCAUGCAGAUGAUAUCUCUUCAAAAACCAGAACUCGUCACUCUGUUGAAUAUCUCAAAAACCUUUGAAGGGCGUACAAUGUACGGUGUCAAGAUUUCAUCCUCCGACGAAUUCAAGCCUGCUAUAUUCGUGGAUGCCGGAAUCCAUGCACGGGAAUGGAUCGCACCAGCUGUAGCGUUGUACAUGAUCAAGAGGCUCGUUACUGGUUACGGCAUCGAUCCGGAUAUCACACGAAGUGUGAAUAAAUUCGACUGGUAUAUUAUUCCCGAAGCGAAUCCUGACGGAUACGAGUACAGCCGAACGUCGGACCGGCUCUGGCGUAAGACGCGUUCACGCAACGUCACGGUGAACAAAUGGUGUGUUGGUGCAGAUGCGAAUCGUAAUUGGGGACAUCGAUGGGGAGAAGCUGGUGCAAAUCGCUCGCCUUGCUCGAACAUCUACGCUGGCAGCCGACCGUUCUCUGAACCGGAAAUCGUUGGCCUCAGAGAUCUUGUUACUUGGCAAAUUCCUAACCUUGUGAUCUACGCCAGUCUCCAUUCUUAUGGACAACUCCUACUGUCACCUUGGGGCUACACACAAACGCGGCCUGAUAACUACAUUGACCAGCGUAAUGCAGCACGAAUUGCCGUCUCAGCUAUACAGAACACUACCGGUGCCAUGUACAACUAUGGAACGAUCGCCGAACUCAUGUAUCCGGCAUCCGGUACAAGUAUUGACUAUAUGCAAGAUCGUGGAGUACCAUACAUAUUCGGCAUCGAACUUCGGCCACUUGACUCGCAUAAUAGCUACGCCUUCAGUUUACCACCCAGCUAUAUUCGACCCACCGGUGAAGAAAUGCUCGCUGCUCUAAUCGCAAUCGGAGACUACGCCGUAGAACAUAAGAAGAUUUAA